AUGGUCCUUGAGAGACUUGAACACCACCUAGCUGUUAACUUGGAGAAAUGUGAAUUCCAGACCACUAGCAUUUCUUACAUGAGUUAUGUCACCUCAUCCGGAAUUCAGAUGGACCAAGAGAAGGCCAGAGCAGUCAAGGACUGGCUACAGUCCGACACUUUGAAGCAGACAUGGGUCAAAGGAUCAGGAGGUUCAGACUUCUCUGAGAUGCAGAUUGCCAGACCCCAUUCUUCCCAGCCCAUGCAUUAUGGCACCAUUGCAGUAGCAGCAGAGUGGGUAUAUGCGCAAAUCAGUGAAUUUAACUGCACAGAUUGGGGUGAUGUACUGCAGCGGUACUACCUGACGUUUAUGUACAGUGUGGAAUUUGCUGUGGGUUUUUUGGGCAACGCUGUGGUUAUUCUGGGCUAUGUGUUCUGCCUACCUGCAUGGAAGAGCACGAAUGUGUACCUCUUCAACCUGGCUGUGUCUGAUCUCGUUUUUCUGUGUACCUUCCCACGUCUGGCCUAUAACUACGCCAACAAUCAGGAAGACAACUCUCCCUUUGCUUGUAUCACUAAUCGGUACAUCCUCCACAUGAACCUCUACUCCAGCAUCCUCUUCAUGAUGUGGGUGAGUGUAGAUCGUCUCCUGCUGUUGCGCCACCCAUUCCGUAAUCAUUGCAUGUUAAGCUGCAAGGCUGCCAUUACAACAUCCGUCCUGACUUGGCUUCUCGUAAAUAUUCUUAAUUCUCCACUCAUCCUAUACCUAGUGGAAGACAUGAAGCGUACCAAUUGGACUAAAUGUCAUGACUUUGGAAGCCUUUCGGGGGGCUGGAAAAUUCUAAAUUUCAGUUUAGGGCUGACAGUGACUGGCUACCUGCUGCCGUUACUGGCUCUCUUUGCUUCAUCACAAUGGGCUGCCUCUGUUCUUAAAACCCAGGGGGAGGUGUUUGGGACAUCUUACAAGAGACCAUUGCAAGCAAUGAGGGGAGCCGCAAUCAUGUUCCUGGUGCUUUACUUACCCUAUCACAUUAUGAGAAAUGUGCGAAUUGCAUCAGAGCUCCCCGAGACAAAGAUGUCUCAGUGCUCAAAGACCAACAUUGAGGGACUGUACAUUGUGACCCGGCCCGUGGCGUUUGCACACAACAUGAUCGACCCCAUAUUCUAUUUUCUCAUGACAGAACAUUUCAGAGAACUGAUUUUGCGCAAGCUGAGAACACUGAGGAGAAGGAGAGCCACUCAGUUGUACCUCAGUACAACAAUGUGA